GCGGUUGCCGAACGCGCGUCUGUCGGGCGGGCGACACUCGUCUGUUUAAUUUUCAUUCACGAAACUCUCACAUAAAACAUUUUUUUUUUCUUAACAUACUCAACUUCUUAAGUGCCAGUGUCAUUUCCAAUUGUACUGUUAUUUCUUUCGUAGUUCGGAACCGAAUUAACCGCUAAGAACAUUUCAGUUGAAGUUAGGACACUGUGAAUUCUGAAAAGUUGUUUGUAGAGCAGUGCUUUCAGUUUCGUGUUGUCCCGCUCUAUCGCAGGAAGCUCUGAAGGGAGACUUGUUUUGUUUUCAUGAUUUUCUUUGGUGCGAUUUCGUAGCGGAUUGAGAAUUAAGAUAGUGUAAGUAUGCAGCCAGUUCUUGUUGGUGUAAUUUACGCUUGUCUGCAACGUUUUGCUGUUGGAAUACCAUUAAAGUAAAUAGAAAUCACUGAUAUCUUGUGCAUACAAGAAUACACAACGCGUACAAACAGUGCCGCGCCACCCACGUAGCCGAUAACGCCUGCAUCCCGUACAGAGAAAUUAAUCUAGCACACGGUAUGCUUCCUGCAUGCAGAUAACGUGCUCCGGCGCAUCGCGCUUGUUCGCGAGCAUGUUUGCGAGCACGCUCAGCUGACAGCCACUCCCGCCAUGUCGCCCGCCGCGCAAGGCCGAUGUCCCACUCAUCAAAAUUCCGAACGCACGCCCGAAACCCUUGAUCCCGUCUCACCAAAUAUGGAGCCUGUUACAUCAAAGCCUUCCAACAAUGCGAUGGACACUAGCAUAGAAAGUAAAAACGAAAAUCAUUCCAUUGAUAAUUUAGAAAACGAACUGAUUGAUUUAGAUAGAUGUAUAACGCCUAAAUGCAAAUGCCAAAAUAACUUAAGGCGAGAGUCAUGUACACAAACGAAUCAGUACGAUAUUAUGCUUAGAAAUGAAGAUGUACAUAGAGAGUCGAUAUCUGUUAAAAGGGUAAGCAGCUUAUAUGGUAAUACAGUGUGGGCCGCUAAUUUGAAAUGGAAAUGUUCACUAGAGUGGACGAAAGUCUGCAACACAAUGAGGGUGCGUGCGCGCGCUAUCUCCGUCAUGGCAAUGCUGCUUGCACUGGCGACUGCGGGCGCAGCCGCACCAGCGCGUGCAAGGCCUACCAGGAGCGCUUCCAACGACAAAUUUGUGACAGACUACCUCCAGAAGUUCGGGUACCUACAGACUGGGCGGCCCGAGGUGCAGAACCUGGUGAGCGGCGCCGCCGCAGAGUACUACGAGGACGACUUCAGGAUCGCGAUCAAAACGUUGCAGGAAUUUGGUGGCAUACCGGUAACAGGCGAAGUCGACGAAGCCACGAAAGAGCUUCUGAGUAAGAGACGAUGUGGACGGCCCGACAGAGAAGGUUACGAAGAAAACUCUACCAGAAAGAAGCGAUUUGCUUUUCAAGGGGCGACGUGGAAACACACCAAUCUUACAUGGAGCCUGUCGUCGACACGUCGCCCUGCCGCGCUGAGCGCGUAUGGCACGCGCAGCGUCCUAGCGCGCGCCCUCGACGUGUGGGAGCAGGCCUCACGACUCACCUUCACGGAGAUCAACUCCGACGACGCUGACAUCGUCGUGUCCUUUGCUAGAGGCCAGCAUGGCGACGCGUACGCGUUCGACGGGCGCGGCUCGAUCCUGGCGCACGCGUUCUUCCCGGGCAGCGGCCACGGCGGCGACGCGCACUUUGACGACGACGAGCUGUGGCUGCUGCAGCCCAAGAACGAGGAUGAGGAAGGGACCUCGCUAUUUGCGGUGGCCGCGCACGAGUUCGGGCACUCGCUGGGGCUUAGCCACAGCGCCGUGAAGGGCGCGCUCAUGUUCCCGUGGUACCAGGGCAUCCAGCCCAACUUCGUGCUACCGGCCGACGACAGGAAUGGCAUUCAACAAAUGUAUGGUCCAAAAGAAAAGAGAGUAUGGGGAAAAAUACCUAACUGGACACCACCUAGGAGAACACCACCAACGACUACAACAACUACCACUACUACAACUAGAAGGCCACAUCAUCAUCACCCCCACCACAACCCUAAUUGGCCUCACCACCAUCCCCAAAAUCCUACAUUCCCUACUUACUACCCCGAGAAACCACAGCGACCUUACAUACCAGAGCGGCCUCAUCGGAAUUCGAGCGAGGAGUACCCGCAGCGCCCGCACCCGCGUCCGCGCCCUACUCCCCCGGCUACCCGCCCGACCAGCUACCGACCCCGCUACCCUACCACACGACCCGAAUACCCUACUUAUCCAAGACAGAACCCGACUCGACCGUAUCCGAACAAACCGGCGUAUCAUCCUGAAAAACCUACGGCGAAGCCGAUGCCUUCCGACAAACCCGAUACAUGCGACACCAGCUAUGACGCCGUAGCCCUUAUACGUGGAGAACUGUUCAUAUUCAAGAAUAGGUACCAUUGGAGGAUAGGAGCUCAUGGCCGAUACAAAGAAUAUCCCAUUGAAAUUUCAAGAAUGUGGACAGCAUUACCGAGAGAUCUAACUCAUGUUGAUGCAGUCUACGAGAGACCAGAUAAGAAAAUUGCUUUUUUUAUCGGUAAAGAACUGUACUUGUUUGAUGAAGUGAGUUUGGUCCGCGGCUACCCCAAACCUCUAAUGGAUCUCGGUCUGCCCGAGAGUUUAGAGAAACUAGAUGCCGCGAUGGUUUGGGGCCACAACGGCAAGACAUACUUCUACAGCGGCACCAUGUAUUGGAAGUACGACGAAAAUGACGGGCGCGUGGAGCCAGACUACCCGCGGGACAUGUCAAUGUGGAAGGGCGUCGGCUACAACAUAGACAGCGUCUUUCAGUGGAGAGACGGGAAGACCUACUUCUUCAAAGGCAAGGGUUUCUGGAAGUUCAACGACCUGCAGAUGCGAGUAGAGCACGAGCGUCAGUACGCGUCGGCGUCCUUCUGGAUGGGCUGCCCCGAGGAGCGCGUGGGGCGCCGCGCGCCGUUCCGCGCGCCGCCGGCGCCCGAGUCCACGCUGCGCUCUCCCGCGCCCAACCCCGCUGUCGGCGCCGCCCCGCGCGCCGAGCUUCUGCUCCCUCUCACACCUUUACUCUCUACUAUUCUUCUACUCUAUGCCAAACAUAUACCCUUCGCAUACUGAAUUUACGGUUACGAUAUUUGAUUAGAUAAAUAGAAUACGUGUUCGGUAUGGGCAAACUCUCGGCCCUGGUUUCGUAUAAACAGGAAAUUGUUUCUUUCGUAUAUUGGUACCCGGGAGCAUGCUCUAUUAGUAGGGGUGUGAUUGGGUUUUAAUAUAUCGACAACAACAUAUCGGAGCGAUGUCGGAACUGAGUCUUAGAAUUAAGAAUUAUUACUGCGCAAAAUUAUGCACUGCCCGUUUUAGUAUUAUGACUAUGACUUUUUACGAUAAUUACUAUACCUAUUAGUAUAAUUCUAGUACCUAUUGAUGCAAUUUAUGAUUUCUUAGUAAUGUUGUAUGUACAUUUUGAUCUCAGUAACGAUCGAGUUCGGUUUGAUGACAUGUAAGGUAUAUAACACCAUUCGUUUAGCUUCUGUACAGUUUGUGUUGUCCUUCGAUGUGAACAUAUAUUAUUUUUAUGUAAUUAUCCAUCUACAUAUUAUACCUAUUAAUAAGUGUAUUGUUUUCACCUUUAUCUAAAUAGGUACCUAAUAUUUGUCUAUCUACCUACUCAAAUGAUAUCUACAGAACUGCCUUAAUUAGAUGUAAUGCGAUUUUAGGUGUAUAUUGUAUAAAGUAUUUAUUAUCUACUCCUCACUAAUACUUUACUCUCUUAACAAUUGUUCGUAAUUAUGUAAUAUAUUAUUGAUUAAAUAUCUUAUGCUGGUUAAAAGAGGUACACAUAUUCUGUAAUCUGUAAAAUACAUUCUCUAGAGUUAUGUACCAAUAUUCAUUAACAUAGGUGAUAAUGAUAAUGUAGCAGUUAAAAUUAUAUACUGAAGUGGUGUGUGGACGAUUAUGGCCUUAUGGAACUGUGAAAAUAUAAACAUAAAUGGUAUUACGGAAUGAUAAAAAAUAUUAUGGAACAGGGGGGGGACCUAUUCUACUCGUCAAAGUAAUAGAUCGCGUGACGUGGUCACACAAAAUUUACAUAAGAUGGCCAUGUCACGAUCUGUCAUUUUGACCAGUUAAAUAAACCCCAGCUGAGUUGCCAAUCUGGGAAUGCGUUUGGAACUUUGUGGAAUGAUUAUGGUGCUUAUUAUAGUUAGAUUUUGUACAGAAUAAAUUAUCUUCAGAUACUUUGAUAAGUGUGUCAUUGUGGUGUCAUAUUAAACUUAGUAUUAAUACAAUGAAAAUAAUAAUAAUAAUAUUUUUCCACAAUGUUUGCAUUUAAAUUAAUAUUAUAUAUUGUGCAAUCAACAGUUGCAAAAUAUAAAAUAUAAACACUAUUUCCUACAUAGAUAUUACUUUAAAUCCAUUUGUGAAGACUUGUGUUUAUCACCUAACAAUUCCUUUUUGUUCUUUAAUAUAGGCAGAAGAAAAGUGUUUUAAUACCUAUUUUGGUCACAAGUAAUUUAAUAAUAACUGUGAUAUUUACUUAAAAUGCCACAAAUGAUUGGCGAUAAAAUAAAUCAAACUUUUAUAAUCUUCUAUUAAAUAACCUAUAUUAUUAUAGUACAUAAUUUUAUAUCUUUAUGUAAGUCAUUUUAGUUAAUAUAAGUAAUACAAUAUUGUAUUAAAAAUAAAGAUUUUUUUAUGGA